AUGCAGACAACAAUAAAAAAAACAAUUGAUGCUAAAGGAAAGCGAGAGAAACAGCCAAAAGACGAUGCUCCAAAAUCUCAGGAUGAAAAACUUAAAAAGACUCCGAAUAGCAUAUCUACACCAAGAACUUACGUACAAAAAAGUUCUACUGCCGAUAUUUAUUCACAAAAUAAGAGAUCAACAACACAUAGUAUCGAAGCACCCAAAAAGGCCGUUCAUGGUACGAACAUAACCAGUAAUGUAUCGCCAAUGAGAGAUCAAUUAAAAUCGUCCUCUUCUUCAACAAGUGUGGCUAGUAGUGUCAACUCCAGCCGCGAAAGAAAUAAGAUGGCAGUACAGAAAAAAGUUGAUGCAAUAAUAAAUAGGCAUUCAUCCACAAAAGCAAAAGAUUUUAAUGUCACUGUUAACUCACCAGUUGUGAGAAGAAAAUUGAAUUUGGAUAAAGAGAAGAGUUUUGUAAAAGAAGAUUCUAAACGAGAAAAGGAUUAUUCGCCAGUUGUAAAAAGAAAAUUGAACUUAGAUAAAGAAAAAAGUUUUGUAACAGAAGAUUCUAGGCGGGAAAAGGAUAAUUCACCAGCUGUAAAAAAGACACUUAAUUUAAAUAAAGAAAAAAACUUUGCAAAAGAGAGUUCUAACUCACCCGUAGUUAAACGACGGUUAGACUUAGACAAAGACAAAAAAAUAACCAGAGAAGAUUCUAAAAUUGAAAUUAAAAAAGAAAAGUUAAACUCUUCACGAAGCGAUAGCCAAAAAGUUAUGAAUGCAGAUGUAAAUGAAAGGAAGCGAACUAAAACAAGAACUUUAGACGAAAGUGAAGUAAAAAUAUUAACUCCUGACGUAGUAGAUAAUAAUGCUGAAAUGUUCAAUUUGUCCAAAAAGCUGAGCGCUAAACCAAAAGCGUAUUAUAUAGAUUUUGAAGAAGAUAAAGCUAUACAAAUUGAAAAGGUACCAAAACCCAAAACUCCUAGUGAUGAAGAAGUCAGUUACGAAGAUGACUUCGAAAGCUACGAAUCCGACUUCGAUUCCUAUCACAGUUCAACACACAGCGAACAUAAUAUGAGUGGUGAUGAUACCAGUGAACAAAAUAAUUCUGUAAAUGAAAGUACCGAUGUCGUUGAGCAGAAGGAUGUUAAAGAUGAGGAGAAAAUGUUGGAUUCAGGGAGUUUCGACCUCCGGGAUCAGCGUUCAGCGACGAAAACUAAACCAGUCCUCGACUUUAUAUUGGAGACAGCUGAAGGUGCGGACGAUAAACGCAGCUCUUUGACUGAUGAGGGUUUCCAAGAGAUGAGCAGUUCUAGUGCCGUGUCGAGUAUCAGGACUGUUCACGUAGAUGUGCUAGACAGACCACUUUUCAUUGAUUUUACAAAAUCUAAAGAAAAUAAACGAAAAAAGCGAUUCAGCGAACGUCUAAAACAAAGAGCAAAGGAUUUACUCAGCGUUAUCACUUUCCAUGAAAUGUCAUACAACCUCUUUGAAAUGAAACCUAUUUCGUAUGAUUUGUACAUGGCUACAUUUGGACGUUCAAAUUAUCAACAAGUGGCGGUUCAAACUUUUGACGAUGGUAUCACUGAGGAAGUUCAAACUGACGAAAUAGAAUAUUCGCAUAAAUGGUCGCAACAUCCAGUUGAAUUUACAAAGAGUGAUAUUUGUUUCAAAGAUGAAAUGGAUAAACGAAAAUAUAGCAAACAUAUGGAAGACUAUUUGUUAAAGUUUACGUUUUUAACAAUGCAAGGGUCGACUAUUAAAACAAAUAACGUGAUUAAUUACAAUGAAAGUUACAAAACUGAUCCGUUACGAAUUUAUUUUGAACAAAGAGACGGUGUUGGGCCCAGUGAAAUGUUGCCAUACGAAACUUACAAAUCCAAAUUAAAAAAUAAUGAUUACAAUGUACAGAGAUUGGGUAAAUUUUUGAAAAAAAUGGAGAACAGAAUGUGUAAAGUUCUUCUUAAUAAUAGCGGGAAUCCAGAAUUGUCUGAACUGAAAAUUUCUAGGUUUUCGUUCAGUAAAGGAUACGUUUCUAUUUCAACAAAAAAUAUUACAGACAAAAGCAUGUCGUUUUUAAACGACACAAAAAUUUCGCAAAUAUAUUUUUCUGAAACCAAAACUAAUUUACUCAUGACUAUACAUAAAAAAACACAUGAGACUGAUAGUAAAAAGUGUACUAUUUGUCUAUGGGAUAUUGGUGUUGCUAGACGCGAGCCGAUGAAAAUACUCACAGCCAUAGAUAAUGUAGUUAUAGGACGAUUCAGAGGUGCCACUGAUGGUUUCUUUGUUGCUGCCUUAGAAGACGGUUCGAUACACCUCUGGGAUCUGUCAGAAGAAGCAACAUGGAGACCUGAUGUUGCCCGUGAAGAAAAUAGUAAGGAAUUGGUAGAAAUAAAUGAUGGAGACCUAACAGCGGUCGAAAGAGAUAGAGAGUGGAAUCAAAGAAACAGCCAAGUUGGGUUCGGUGAGAACACUAUUCAGUGCCCGCUUCAAGCCUGUGCGUUCACGAACAGCGCUUACAAUAUGAGCGAUGGCGACGUAGUAGACCGGGUGGUCGGAUUAGAGCUGACAGGUGAUCAAACUGUCAAUCGAGAAGGACGAAGGAUAAUCGGUCAGAUCGCAGUUUUACAGCGUACAGGGAUUCUCACAAUAUGGUCGAUUAUACAAGAAAAAUCCAAGACAGUGCCACCAGAUAUUGGCAAAGCUUUCUGGUCAAAAAUGAAACUAGAAAAAUCUGAAACAAUAAACUUACUCGACCACAUCGAUAACUCAGUAAAAGAAUCACAAAAUCAAAUAGAAUUUAAUUUAAACGCGGCCAAAAAACGACUACAAAACAGAAAAAUAGAGAGAAAUUUGUUUAAAACACAUGUUUCCCGCCCAAAAUCUGCAUAUGACAUUGACAAGCCGUCCAGUGCUGCUAGUGUAAAAAAUAGAAAAGUGUUACCAGUUCAGGAAAAUGUUUCCAAAAGCUGGGAAAGUGGCGUAGUGUGUUAUGAUUUAAAAGUUAUGUUUUGGAGAAAUAGUGAUAAUUAUCUUAUUGCUAAGAAUUGUGGUGAAGUGAUGUGUUGUAGAAGAACUUUAGGGGUAAUAAGAAUCAAUAGGUUUUGUGUUGCAGCUGACGUAUCAUCAGUGACCUGUAUAGAGGUAUCACCACAAAAGUUACCUUAUUAUCUAAUAGCUACUGACACUGGAACCAUCGCUCUUUGUUCUUUGGUGGAGAAUAGGGUUCUUCUUACGUUGGAUUGUCGAAAUAUUUCCACCCAAGAAGUGGCUAAAUGUCAGUCUGAUCAUAAAGGGCGGUACAUCAGUACGGUGUUGAAGAAAGCGUUUACAGGGAAUGAUCCUCAUUUUGGUAAUAAGCUACCAAUAUCCUCUUUAUCUUGGUCGCGCAUCAACCCCUGCUGUAUCUUCGCUUUACUAGAUGGUAGCAUAGUCUCGUGGGAGCUCUCCCACAGUGACAUUUACGCUAAGUGCGCGUACGCAGAUUCAGCUGUAACUUGUGCUGCGGGGGAUAAUACUCUGGCGCUGGUAACUAUGGAGGGCGAGGUCCAAGUGCACAAAUUGACGAAUGAACACAAAUCUAAGGAGUAUCUGCAACUAUUUGAGAAAUAUAUAACACUACUGUAA